CCAGACUGGCAACCCUAUCUCCCCCAGAAUGGGGAUAAUAUCGAAGUGGCUUUCUCCUAUUCCCCUGUGUUGUGGCCUUGGUCCGGAUACUUGGCAAUUUCCAUCUCUGUAGCAAAGAAAGCAGCAUCUUGGGAAGGCAUUGCUCAAGGACAUGUGAUGAUCACAGUAUCAUCCCCUCCAGAAAAUGAAUCUAAGAACGGUGCAGAGCAGACUUCAACGGUGAAGCUUCCGAUAAAAGUGAAGAUUAUUCCUACUCCACCUCGUAGUAAGCGAGUCCUUUGGGAUCAAUAUCAUAAUCUCCGUUAUCCACCAGGAUACUUCCCCAGGGAUAAUUUGAGGAUGAAGAAUGAUCCGUUAGAUUGGAACGGUGACCAUAUCCACACAAACUUCAGGGACAUGUACCAGCACCUAAGGAGCAUGGGGUACUUUGUUGAGGUUCUUGGUUCCCCGUUUACAUGUUUUGAUGCAAGUCAGUAUGGGACUUUACUGAUGGUGGACAGUGAAGAAGAGUAUUUUCCCGAAGAGAUCACCAAGCUGAGGAGGGAUGUUGACAAAGGGCUUUCACUUAUAGUGUUUAGUGACUGGUACAACACAUCCGUCAUGAGAAAAGUCAAGUUUUACGAUGAAAACACAAGACAGUGGUGGAUGCCUGAUACUGGAGGUGCUAAUAUACCAGCUCUCAAUGAUCUGCUUUCUGUCUGGAAUAUGGCCUUUAGUGAUGGGCUGUAUGAAGGCGAUUUUACCAUGGCAAGUCAUGAAAUGAAUUACGCAUCAGGAUGCAGUAUUGCAAAGUUUCCAGAAGAUGGCAUUGUCAUUGCACAGACAUUUAAGGAUCAAGGUCUUGAAGUUUUAAAACAGGAGACAGCUGUAAUUGAAAAUGUCCCUAUUUUGGGACUUUACCAAGUUCCUUCUGAAGGCAGUGGCAGGAUCGUUUUGUACGGCGACUCGAACUGCUUGGAUGACAGCCAUCGACAGAAAGAUUGCUUUUGGCUCCUGGAUUCUCUCCUGCAGUACACUUCUUAUGGGGUGACACCACCAAGCCUCAGCCAUUCUGAAAACAGACAGCGACCACCGUCAGGAGCUGGCUACUCUCUCCCCGAGCGGAUGGAAGGUAACCAUUUACAUCGAUACUCAAAGGUGCUCGAGGCUCAUCUGGGAGACCCUAAACCCCGGUCCCUUCCUGCUUGUCCUCAUCUCUCCUGGGCCAAACCACAGCCUUUGAAUGAAACUGCCCCCAGCAACCUUUGGAAACACCAAAAGUUACUGUCAAUUGACCUCGAUAAGGUGGCUCUGCCCAGUUUUCGACAGAACCGACCCCAGGUGAGACCGUUGUCCCCUGGAGAAAGUGGAGCGUGGGACAUUCCUGGAGGUAUAAUGCCUGGCCGGUACAACCAGGAUGUAGGACAGACCAUUCCGGUCUUUGCUUUUCUUGGUGCCAUGGUAGUCCUGGCGUUCUUUGUGGUGCAGAUCAACAAAGCGAAGAGCAGGCCAAAGAGACGGAAACCACGAGUGAAACGACCGCAGCUGAUGCAGCAGGUUCAUCCACCAAAGACGCCUUCUGUUUGAAAGCUCUCGCUUGCCAAAGAUCACCUCCUUUUACUGCUUGCUUUCCUGGGCGACCGACGGCUCCCGGCGAAGGUACAGUGAAUGCGGCAUUGCUCGUACCAGUGGUUCACACCUGACAUCAUCUCAUAGCCUUUGGUUUCUGGAGAAGGAAAAAAAAAACCAUAAAGGACCUCAGUUGAUUGUACAUAAAACUGCAGCUUUAAGCAGCCGAAGCCACCAAAGACUUGAAUACUGUUUAAGUGGCUGCUUAGUCGCUACAUAUCCCAAGAGGGGGAAAAUGGACCUUUUUUUUUUUUUUUUAAGCUGACCAAACUAAAAUUUAUUUGUUUAGAGGCUAUUUUCUAUAUUUAUUGGUGGGGAGGGCGGGGGAAAAGUCACUUUAAGGACCUCUGCUAAGGAAAAACGAGUGCAUUUUUUUGGAUGGAAUGCCAUUUUCUAGAGCGGCGUUACGCUGAAGAGUAUAACGUGCACCAUUAAAGAAGGGGAAAGGGGCAAGAGAGACCAGGACAGAUUGGUGAGACGUUCUCCUGCAG